AUGUCGGUAACGGUGACGAUAUCGGCGUCGGCGUCGGCGUUGCGGUUCUGCACCGAUCAAGAUCCGAGGCAAAGGGCGGGAGGGGAAGUGAUCAGGUCGGAGAACGGUAACGGACAAGCAUGCCCAUGGGCCAUGGGGAUUGACGUGCCGGCCACUGCGCCUGCGCGGGUGCCGGGACUGGCACUUGAGUCGUCGACCUCGGCCCUUGGAGAUGACGCUAGAGGCCUGGGCCGCCAUAUGCUCGGUUAA